AUGGACUCGCAGCUCGUGACGAGCAUGAGCGAGGUCGACGACUUCCGCGUCGAGAAGCAGGCCCCGCGCCGCUGGCACCGCAAGCGCAUGCUUGGCCUGCUCGGCGCGCUCGUCCUUGUCGGUGCUGUGAUUGGCAUCGUCGCCGCGUCGACGUCGUCAUCGAGUGACGCGAAGACAGUCAGCACAAGCGCGACGAACCUCGGCAUGGCCAUUUGCUACGACACGUACCAGCCCGACAAGAUCGAUGCGCACUUCACGACGAUCGCGACGCGCUUCUCGGCCAUCCGGUCGUUCCAGACGUGGCUGCCCAACAACGACAACGUCAUUGACGCCGCCGCCCGCCACAAACUCUUUGUCUACCCAGGCAUCUGGCUGCGCGGCGCCGACUACGCGCGCGACGUCCAAGCCGCGAUCGACGGUGCGCGGCGACACCCGGGCACGGUCAAGGCCGUCCUUGUCGGCAACGAAGACCUCUCGAACGGCUGGAGCGUCAGCGACCUCAUUAGCAAGAUCAAGGACGUCCGCGCCAAGUUCAGCGCCGCGGGCCUGAGUCACAUUGCGAUCGGGACGGUGCAGAUUGACGGCGCGCUCCUCUCGCACCCCGAAGUCGCCGACGUGUGCGACGUCGUCGGUGUCAACAUGUACGCGUUCUUCUCGGGCGCGUCGUACUCGUACACAGACCCGAUGCGGGACACGGACGUGCGCUGGAAGGCGAUUUACGCCAAGUUUGGCAGCAAGGCCGUCAUCACCGAGACGGGCUGGCCCUUUGCGGGCGGCAACUAUGGCCAGCACGUCGCGUCGCACGAGAUGGCUGUCUACUACUUUAACGCGUUCCGGGACUGGGCGAGCAAAGGCGCGAACGGCGGGUCGCUGCCGGCGUACUUUAUGUUCCACAACAACCCGGCCAAGGGCGGGUACGAAGCCAACUUUGGCCUCGCAGACGAGAGCGGCAAGUGGAAGUUCGACUUUGCACCCGUGCGGCCCAUCAUCCCGAGCCCCAACCAACCGGUGGUCGUGCCGACGUCGCAGUACGAGCUGCCGUUCCUACUGCAGACGUCGAAUGGCAAGGUCCUUUUCGAGAUGAACAAGAACAUCUUCGCCUACGACGAGGCGACGUGCGCGAACGAGCGUUGGACGUACGACCUUGGCACGAACCAGAUCUUCUCGACGUCCAGCGGCCAGUGUCUCGAUGCGUACUUUGCCAACGCCAAGUUUAACCUCCACGUCUGGCCCUGCGACGCGUCGAAUGGCAACCAAAAGUGGACCAUCGAUAUCAAAUCGAACCGCGUCGUGCACCUCACGCACAAGAAUCUGUGUCUCGACGCUGACCCGACCAAGGCCGACGCGUCCGUGCAGGUGUGGGCCUGCACGGGUGGCAGCAACCAGCAGAUCCGUCUCAACCCCGACUUGCCGCACCUCGGUGUCGCGUCGCGCGAGACCAACAACGUGCUCGUGAGCGAGAACGACAAGGGCGACGCCAGCGCCGCGUGGACGUUUCUGCAGAGCAAGAACAUGCUGCUGCACGAGGCGAGCGGCAAGUGCCUCGACGGCUACGAGUUCAAGAACGGCGGCGCCGUGCAUCUCUGGCGCUGCGACGAGACCAACGCCAACCAAAAGUGGAUUUACGACAAGGCGUCGCGCCAGCUCACGCACGGUGCGCACCGCGAGUUUUGCCUCGACAUUGGCUCGGUCAGCGUCGGUGCUUCGCCAACGCUCUACACGUGCCAUGGCGAGAACGACCCGCACUUCUCGUACCAGCAGUUUACGUUCGUCAUGUAG